AUGGAAGGAGACGAAGGGGCAGAUUUCCUCGUAGUCCUGGCUCCAAAAUAUCGCCACUGGUUCUUUCCUAGGAUGAAAGUGCUCGAGUCGUCAAAUAAGGACAACCAGACGCAAAAGACAAAAACGUUUCAGCACUAUUUGCCCGAAGGCGAUCGAUGCUAUAGCUGUGUGCAUUGCCGAGCGAAUUUAGCCAGUCACAAUGAUCUUAUAUCCAAAUCAUUCCAAGGCAGUCAAGGCAAAGCGUAUCUUUUCAAUUCAGUUGUAAAUAUCGGUACCGGUCCGGCCGAGGAGCGGGUUCUGCUCACCGGAUUGCACGCCGUUGCUGAUAUCUAUUGCCAAUGUUGUAAGACAACCCUCGGCUGGAAAUAUUUCCGCCGUGGUACAGGCAUCCAAAAAUAG